AUGUUCGCGAUGAAACUGCGCUACGAACCGUUGUUUCCCCUUCAAAUUGUUUUCACAACAUCUUCAAUGGACACAUUCUAUGAGAUUUGGACGUUGCGAUCUACUCUGGCCAUUGAAUUAGCUCAUCUCGAGAAG